GUUACUGCUAUCGAAAGAGUGUCAAAUGGAUGCUGGCUUCCAACACGUAAGGUCUAUUAAUGAAUUAAAUUUGACCUCAGAAGGCGGUCCCGCCGAGGGUCCGUCGACUACUUUCUGCUUCAUCCAAUUAUAUUUUUCUCAACCCAGACAAAGGAUUUCAUUGAGUUUUGCAACGUGUUUUGGCAGGCACAUGUUCUGGAAGAAGAGGAAGACUCCGACAUAAAACCUCUGGGUUUUAUGUACCCCCAAAGACGUGUCUUUUUGGAUGACUGCUGUCAUUAUAACUAGAUGAAAUGCCUUGACCUAGCCACCACCAUAUCAUGGCAGGCAGUUGCAUGGAUGUCCGUGGCCAUAGUGCAGUGGUUCUGGGAAUGGUCCUGUUGAUAAACAUGAUAGCGGCUGACUCACCUGUUGCAGAUGUGUCUCUCUCUGGCUCAACACACCAUGCUAAGGGAUUUAUUGAUGAUAUUUCAAGUCCAAGAGGAGUAUCAAUAUCACCCUCAUCACCCUCUCUUGCCUUUGAAGACCCAGACACACCUGGCACUCAGCAAGUAAUUCCCGAAUCACGACGUGAAUCUUUCACACCUAUUGGCCUCAAUACAAAAGAACCACAGCAUCUUUCUCCAUCUUUACAUCGCUCUCAACCUGUUUUGGAAUCUUUUGCGCAGUUACAGGCAUCCAAACGCUCCAGGAUCAAUUCUGCAGAGGAAACUUCCAUACUCUUGCAAACUCAUUCAAUAUCUCAGAUGCCAACUCAGUCAAAUGUAGCAAGACCCUCAACGUUUAAAAGAUCAACAGUGUUACAGCUUAGUUUUGUAAAGGAAGUAGCUAAAGAUGCUCAAGGCAGUGAAUCUGAAAACAUCCUCACAACGGCUUCCUCGCUGCCUAUUGAGACAUUUAAGCCACUGGAUUUUAGUGACUCUCCAUCAGACAAAUCUUAUAUUUUAGACCAUGUCUUACUAGACGCCAAACUGCCUAUAAAUAAUUCAAAUAAAAUGCAGCAUGUAAAUCAGAUGAGCCCCAGCAGUGCCCUGAUGCCAGAAAAUCAACCAGUUACUAUUCUACCCAACUCGCAUGAGAUUCUAGCCCCGAGCCACCAUGUGCCUUUAAUCGGCCUACACCUUACAUCACCUUUGUCUGAACCGAUUGAGGCUCCCCUUGAGGACUUUUAUCCCGCCAAUACCAUGGACUUUGACUGGGGGUCUGGAGAUUACUUGGAGACAAUGGCAUUCUUAAGUCCAGAAGAAGAGGACUACUCUUUUGCCACCAAAGUUCCCGACACAUUUGAUCAAGAGGAUAAUACAGAACAAUAUAAUACAGAAUUCCCUUCCAGGGUGGGCACAUCCUUUUCAUCCUUGCAUCAUCUUUAUAUUCUGCCAUCUUUAAGCCUGAUGACGGCAUAUGCAACACAUUUACCUCAGACAUCUAUUGAUCCCUCCUCUCUUUCCUCAUUUAACUCCACAGUUCCUUAUACACUGGAAGUUACCCCUACUAUUAGUAGUGAGAUAAUAGAAGCAUCAGACAAAGAGUGGCCAGAUACUAUCAGCAUCCAACCAACAGAUGUUCUAUUACCUGACAUGAACAGCUUGGAAUAUUACACCACUCAGCUCACUAAGGAGAACUCUGUUUCAGGGGGUGAAGCUGAACAAAGAGGGAACAUCACUGUGGUGCCCAUUAGUACUCCAGACACUGCACCAACCAACAGCAUCACCAAUGAUAUAAAAUUCACAGACAAUGACCGCUACAGUGAUUUUUCAGACUUUGAGCCACUGAGUAAAACAACAGUAAUAAGAACAACAGAGCUUUUUAAUGUCUCAAAGCCUUUUUUGCAUCAUUCAAUAGUCACAACCUCCUUUCUUGAUCCCUCUUCCCCCAUCUGGACCACUCCAAUAUCCACCACAGAUUGGUCUGCAGGUACUCAUACUGUAGAUCUGCAAAGCUCUGCGGUUAUACUACCCAGCCCUACAGUUUUUUGGCCAGAUGAUGUCAUGUCUUCCUUGUCUUUGACAGAUGUCCAAUGGUUUGUCACAGAAUCCUUUUCACAAAGUACCAUACACGCCACUCCUGUAUUUACUGCAACAACAACCUAUUCCUCAAGUCCAACUGAACAUUCAGUCAUUAUUACAACUGAGCAAGUUUUCAAUAUCACUCCAAUGUCAUCUAAUAGCACUUUGGUGCCCCCUGUCAUGUUGGGUGAUCAGGGGGUGACUAAAGAUGAAUUUGACAAUCCAGCCACGAUGACCUUGAUCCCAACCAACAGCGCUAAUAUAAUUCCGCCCAUACCCACAUCUCCCAAUGCCAACACAAGUUUCCAUCAAGAAGCAACUGGAAUUGCUGUCAAUGUUACCCCUGUCACGAGUGGUGAAAAGCAGACUACAGCGCUGACAUUCAGACAAUACCUCUGCAAUCUUGAGAAGCCAGAGUAUUUAAUUAAAAUAGGUUUUCCCUCUGGAGUAUCUGUUGGACAUGCCAAAUCUCAAAUUAGAGAGAUCCUGAAACAUAGAUUCAACAAAUCGGUUGAGUUACAGGUUAUAGAACCACCACCAAAAUUUGUGUUUCGGGUAGUAUCAGGUCCAGCUGUGUACACUGCCAUAUCUGUUGUCAAUGCCUUACGACGGUCAGGACACCGCUUCCUGUCUGUGUCUCCCAACUGGGUGAUACCAGACAAUAAAUAUCAAGUCCAUACAGUGCUGCAGUUUGUUCCUGAUCAUAUUAAUGUACGGUUUUGCAACUUCAGUGAAAGUAUUGAGAGAGGUCUGACCAUGGCCUUUGCCGAAGUGCUUCGGCGCGUCAACAUGUCUGCCAAUUUCACAGUGCAUAUUAAAAAUAUUUCAAUGACUGUUCUUAAAAAUCAACGACUGGGAAGGUCUCCGGUGGACAUCACCUUCACUGUACACAACUCAAGAGGUUAUCUAAUGGGGUCAGAGGUCAGCAAUGCUCUUAUGAAGCUCACCAAGGUGGAAUUCAGCUAUUACAUGGGUUACCCUGUCUUCCAGAUUGCUGAGCCUUUCCAUUAUCCAAAGUUGAACACAAGCCAGUUCCUUCGCUCCUCCUGGGUGAGAACAGUUUUCUUGGGAGUGCUGGACAGUGAAGUGGGACAGAGGACUUUCCAAGCCAACAUUGAGCGCAGAGUGGCCAUGUUACUUGCGGAGGCCAUGGGAUUAGUCAGACGUGUCAAGAGAGCCACCAGUGUCGGCAACAGCAGCGUUCAGGUUGUGAGCAUGAACCGGAUCGUGGGCAUGGACCAUCCCUUGGAGGUCGUGUAUUUUGUGGAGGGCCCUGAUGGUCAGAGGGUCCCUGCUGUCGAAAUGGCCGAUAUACUCAACAGCCUGGAUGUCCAAAAGGCAGCCAUUAUCUUGGGAUAUCGUGUUCAGGGCAUGUUAGCACAGCCUGUAGAGAAGAUGACAUCCUUACCUUCUGACACUGAGAACCCCAACGUGUGGAUCAUCAUCGGAGUGGUGAUUCCUCUCCUGGUGGUCAUUAUCAUCAUUUCCAUCCUCUACUGGAAACUGUGUCGAACAGACAAGCUGGAGUUCCAGCCAGAUGCCAUGGCGUCCAUCCAGCAGAGACAGAAGUCUGCUACCUCACAGUCCCCCGUUCACAUGGCACUACCUCAGCAUGAGAGGGGUGUACAGUUUAGUGAAGAAGAGGAGGAGGAAUUUGAGGAGGUGGAAGAGGACUAUGAAGAUGAAGAAGAAGAAAAUGAAGAAGAAAAUAAUGUUAAAAUGGGAAAGGGACCAUUCGCUCUUUCUCAGAGCAAAAACAGCACACCCAGUGAGGAGGAGGAGGAGGACGGAGAAGAGGAGGAGGAGGAGGAAAAAGAAAACACGAAGAGGACUAACGGGAGAGCAUUCAAACCAGGACAAGAAUACAAAGCAGCACUCAAGAAAUCAAAAGAGAUGAAGAAAGAAGAGAGAAUUAAAGUGUUUCCUAAAGGGAGGCGGGUCCAGGAGGAGUUGCAGGCUCCCAGUGUGAAAGGCUUCGACUUUGCCAAGCUGCAUCUUGGCCAGCAUAACAAAGAUGACGUCACUGUGGUGCAGGAAUCAAUCUCAGCGGGGCCUCUGCCCAUGUCAGAUAAAGAAGGCCCCAGUCCAUCCCAGAAUGGGGAGGGCCCAGCUCCCAUAUCUAAAAACUCUGCCUCCUCUACAAAGGCAUCCCGCAGCAGUCGAAGACGAGAGAGGAUCUCGCCGUCAGACGGCGAUUCCAUGGUCAGUGACCGCUCCAGUGGAAGAGAGUCAACUGAGGAGAACCUCAGAGCCCAGGCCACGCCCAGCGACAGCAAGCAGACGCGUAAGGUCCCCAUCAAUGUUUUAAAUGGCAAAAAUAAAAUUGGUCCUCCUCCUGUGAAUGGUCUCAGUGAGCAGUUGUCAUCAACUUCCAUUUUCGAACAUGUUGAUAGAAUGUCACGGGCCCCAGACAUAAGCCGAAGACUCCCUAACAAAGUGCAGCUUAUUGCAAUGCAGCCCAUGUCGGGCCCACCCUUGCACAGCAACACUGCAGCUGCCAAAUUGCCUGAUCUUAACCAAAUGAACAAGGAGGUUCAAGUAGCUCUGAGGCAGAAAUCGGAGAUUGAGCACCAUCGAAACAAGAUCCGCCUCCGUGCCAAGAGGAAGGGACACUAUGACUUCCCUGCAAUGGAUGACGUAGAUCGUGGCCUUGGGGAUGCCAAAGACCAGGAUCACAUCUACCAGAAAGCACAAAUGCAAAUGGAUAAGAUCAUGGACCACAAUGCACAAAAUUUCACAGAGCCCCAAAAGAGUGCUCGCAGGGUUCGAUCUCCCAAACAGCAGAUGAAGGAGCAGUCAAAAGGAAAGAUCGAUGCAGACAAAGAUCACCUUAUCUCAGAAGACACUGAUCCUGUUUAUAGGAAGUAUCCUGGAGUCAACAAUGUGGCCUUUGUGUCGGACCUUGACCAAGCCACAGGUUUAACUCACAGAAGCCCAUCUCCCACCGAUGACGUCUUCCUUGGUUUCUCCUCCCCACCUCCUGGGCAUGCCCCUCCUCCACCCCCCUAUAUGGCUCCACAGCCCUCCAUCGAAGAGGCAAGGCAGCAGAUGCGUUCGUUGCUGGAUGACGCCUUUGCCCUUGUGUCACCCACCUCUCAGGGCAGUUCAGCCGGGGUCACCCUUCCAGGGGUCAAUGUCAACCCUUCAGACACCAGCCCUCCAGACCAUGGCCCCAGAUCUUGGGGCCCCUCCUAUCAAGGACUUGGCUCUUACACUGGUAGAUUCAGUGACCUGAGCGUAUCCCCCCCUCUGCUCCAAGGCAUCAUGCCAAGGCAGGAUCAUGGACUGAGUUACUUCCCCCCUGGAGAGGCAACAAGGCCCGGGGAGCAGGUCCAGAUCGCCAGCCAUUACUCCAGCAGAGGACUCUAUGCUGAUGACUCACCCACAUCAGCGAGACCACGACCAGUAGGGGGCACUACAGGCUCCCAGCUUCAUCAUCUUACACAGGUGGGCUUGACAAGCCAAAUGAAUGGUUAUCCAGCAGGUGUCAGAGGUCAUCCUGGACAGAAUGGUGGCUGGAGCAACUACCGAGAUGACAGUUACUGCAGAACAGUACCAGAUAACGCAAUGCCCAGGAGUGUCCUCAGGGAGCCCUCAGCUCCUCCUGCUCACCUGGACACUGGUGUGGAUUACCUCUCUGCCCCGCCCCCAUUGGCCAUGACCCCUCCCACCCAGUCCUCGGCCUCCUUGAUUAAGGCCAUCCGGGAGGAACUGUUGCGCCUCUCACAGAAGCAGGGCUCUUUGUCCAGCUACCACAGCUGAGGUAACCGGAACUGUGCCUGCAAAAUGUGCCCAUGCUUCCCAUGGAAGUGUACAGCAGAGAGAAAGUCCUGCUCAACAUCACACAGGUUAGUUUAUUCAUGCUUCUGACUGCACUUUUGGAGAUUAUUCGUGACCCCGGAGUGGUUUGACAAUGCAGCCACCUCCUGUAUAUCGCUAUGAGACAGUGUUAUAUGAAGAACAGCAUGAAGAAGUUGAACCUACAGUUUGUUUUUUUUAAAGUGUCAUGGUUCUCAUGCACACGUUUUUUUGUUGCCGUCAAGUUCCACUUCAUGUGUUCUGCCAUGAUGAGCCAUGCUUUGCCUUGACACUGUGAAGGAGGUCACCUGACCCACAGUAAGGUCAUAGUUCAAGCAGGCAGGAAGUGUGUAUUACACAGACUACAUUACGCUACCUACGUCUUAGAUUAGUCAGAACUCUUACUUCUGGACCUUUUAUGGACUUUUUGCAUUUAAGUCCUGUUUUGUACUUUCUUGUGAAACAAUGUUUAGGCAUCGAUAGCGACACAAAUGCCUUGAAACCCUCCUUUUUCAAAAGGUAGAUCAUGGAGAAGGUAAGUACUUGGCCAUGAUGGGUACUGUAUGUACCAAGCUGUGUUUUGCUGCACUGUAUGCAGACUACUUAGUGCUCAGGUUUGGAUGAGUUUGAAGAAAAAAAAGCAGGUUUGAUUGGUCGUGUGAAAUAAUACAUCGACCUGUAAUGUGUUUACUAAAUCACCAUCACUGUUUUCAUGCAGUAUUUAAAAUUUGCCUUUUUUUUAACACAGGGUACUGUAUUUAUGAAUCAGUCGUGUUUAUGUGCUUUUUAGAAUGUUUUUUUUUUAUUACAAUGCCUUGUGUUACUAUGUACACCAUAAAAGUCAUUAAACUGAUUGGAAUACUG